CCACUCUCCAGUGUUAGUGAAAGUGGAAAGGAACUGCGGUCCAAUUCCUUGUCCCAUCAGCCCGGUUGUAGCGGUAGAGCCCUCAGUUUCAGUGGUCCAAAAUUUGUCCAUCAAUCGAGGAGCUACACCAUCUCCCCCCUUUACUCCUUCUGUCCACAUACAUCAUCGUCAUUUAAUGUAGCAGAGUGCCGCAAGAUACUCUUCUCCGGAGCGGCACGAACCUUUCCGAUCAUGGUACCGCCUCCGGUGCUUCGGUGGAAGUCACCGUUUUAGUUUCCGGAGCUGAAGUGGGUCAGUGGCUCGUCGUCGUGGCCCUUGUUUGGGGGUGCCAGUAAAGUCUUGCUUAGCCUCUGGAAGGUCGUGACGGAUGUCGGUGGGCCAUCGCUGCUCGUAGGUCAUCCACGUUUCACUAAAACUCCGCAGCCGCCCAUGUCCAUGAAUCAUAGGAAAAAUGCGUGAUAAGCGGACUGUAGAUUGUGGUGGUCAGCCGGUUUGUUUGCCUAGAUAGUGUGUCUCAUUCGUUGAUAUAAAGUUUUUUUUCUUCAUUCCUUUCUCUUCGUCGUGCAUCGUGAAGCUGCUUCGGUGCGUUUGCUCUAUGCGAACGAGCGGCAUUAAGUGGCGCACUGCUGCAUUAAUUAAGUUUCUUCAAUCUACCAUUCCGGUGGCAAGUGAAACCGGGUGUUCCACCACGAGCACAACACCAGGCUACGACGAGACACAUCGGGCAGUGAUCUCCUCAGAGACGAGCGGUGUUGAACAUAAAAAAUUCUCCGUCUAACGCGAAACCAUCUCAUCUAAGUAGCCACCAUCCUUAAAUGUCGUGUGUGCGUGAGUGUGUCUGGCAGGGGCCAAUGCCUGUGAUGUAAAUAUCGUGGGGAUUCCGUACACGACACCGAUUCGGGCGACGUAUGUGCGUGCGUGCGUGCGUGCGUCCGUGAAAGUAAAGAGUGGCCAUCCUCAGCAGAAGGAGCGGUUCCUCCACGGUCUAUGCUGAACAUGGAAAAUAGGCAGUGACAAAUGUGUCUGUCCAUUGCAGUGUGCUGUGCAGUGAAGCAACCUAUGAUAGGGCGAUACCCACAUGAACUAGCAUUAGUUCAGGGACGGUGAAUCAUAGUGUACUGGUCACCCCACAGGACAGCGGUGUAGGCAAUUCGUGGAAAGAACACACAAAUUUCGUCAAUAGCACAAAGGAAGGAUCUAGUAAGCAGAGUUCUUACAAUCCGGGUGUCAGCGAUUGCUUCCUGGCAUUUGUGCGGUUCCGCACUGAUCGCAAGAAAGUAAUCACUCAGCCAAAGGCAAGGAGCCUUCUUGGUGGCCCCAAGAUACCAGAGACAAAAUAGCAGCUUUGCGUCGGCUCCCCAAACGCCCCCAAACGGUAAACUAUGGACGAGGAAUCACUGAUUGCGAGGGCGAAGGAGGAACGGGAGAAAAUCUUCCAGCGCUACGACAAAGGCCGAGCGGCUGAUGCUGAGAUCGACCCGUGGGAGGAUCCGCAAUUCGAGGUCUACCAUCAGACGGAUAGGUAUGGAUUCAUACACGACAAGCGUCUACCUAGGAAGCGUGAUCCACACGAAACCAAAGCGACAGAGAUCGAGAUGGAGCGCGUGAAGAAGUGGGUCAAGAUGCUGGGUAUUUCAUCAGAAAAACAAGCCCCCUCGUGGGAGGACCGUGCGCUACGAGCGAAGGUACGAAAACGUGUAUUUAAGGGCAUCCCGGAGAAGUUACGCCGUCAGGCGUGGUCAAAGCUGUUAAACCUCAAGGAGGUAAUGGAUGGUAAUCCCGGCAAGUAUAACGAUAUGCUGCUACUGGCUCGCCAGUGGAGCACCGAGGCCCGGCAGAUUGAUUCCGACGUCAAUCGGCAGUUUCGCGAGCACCUCGACUUUCGCGAGCGCUACAGUCCAAAGCAGAAGAGUCUCUUCAACAUUCUGGUCGCGUACAGCGUGUACAACACCGAGGUUGGCUACUGUCAGGGAAUGUCGGCACUGGCGGGUUUACUGCUGAUGUACAUGGAAGAAGAGGAAGCAUUCUGGGCGCUUAGUAUCCUGCUAGCGAACAAGAAGUACGCAAUGCACGGACUCUUCAUUGAAGGUUUCCCAAAACUGAACCGAUUUCUAGCACAUCACGAUAAAAUAAUCGCCAAAUUCAUACCAAAGCUUAAGAAGCACUUCGAUCAGUAUAAUCUCGACUCGAUCCUCUACUCACUGAAGUGGUUCUUCCUAGUGUUCAUCGAGCGGAUACCUUUCAGCUUAUGCUUACGCGUGUGGGAUGUGUAUCUGCUCGAUGGCGAAAAGGUGGUCACCGCCAUGGCCUACAAUGUACUACGCUUGCAUAAGCACCGCAUUCUAAAGCUAAAAGAUAUGGACCUGAUUGUGCAAUACAUACAGACCAAACUUUACGAAGACUUUGGCUAUGACGAUGAUUUAGUCAUAAAAGGACUGGAGCAGUGCAUGGAGGAACUCCGGAAGGCUGGUUUGGAGCUGCCACCACCACCAACCGCAAAAGAACUGCCUACAAAACAGUUUGGCAUUUUCGUGGAACCCUCGACGGAAGCUAAGAUUGGACGUCGGAAGCAAGAAUUUACUGAAACGGAGAAGAAUGUCACCGAGACGGUGAAGCUAAAGCGUGAAAUCACAGAACAAGAAAUAGCUGCACACGAACAAAAUGCCACAACCUCCGGGGGAUCUGCCCAACAUCUAAAUACUGUACACAUUCCAGAGUCGGAGGACGGAGGAUCGUUGAUAGGCAGCUCUCGGAAAUCACUGGCUGAUACGUCGGUUACGUCGACCGCGGACCUAAGCGUGCUUUCCGGUGGCCAAAGCCAGCGAUCACACCAGGCGUUCGAGCUGGGCCCAGAGGAUCAAAAGGCGAUCGUCAGUGAGGACGAUGAACCGGACGAUGGUGAAAGCAGUCCCGUAUCAAAGCGCAAACAGCCAUCAGCAUCGCACACCAAAGCGUACCACGAGGGCGGCCCGGUUGGCUAUCCCUCCGCCACCGCCUCCACGAGGAGGCAAGCGAUGCUUAGAGGUGCAACCUCCGCUAUCGGUUCGACAAGCGUCGUAGAGCGAAGUCCGUCAGCUCUGCAGAUGACCCCACGGGCGAUGUCACCGCAGGAUGUCGUACGGAUUUACGUCCCACCGGCCCCACCGGACGAACUAAGAACUGUGGAAACGCAACGAAGAAAUGGUGAACGUGCGCCCAUAGGACAACCGCCACAUUCCACGGCUCGUGAUCAUCGCUCUUCGCGCGGGCAUGAGAAUAACGACGAGGAUGAGGAGGAGGAUGAUGCCGAAUCGAAGACUCGAAGGAAUAGUGAAAUAGAUCUGUACCUUCAGCAAUCGACAAUCGGUACUGCGUCUCUGAUUUCUGCCGCAUCUGCUGGUACAUCGCAUGCUGCGGCUGCUGCUGGUGGACGUUACUCGAUCGAUUAUGCAAGCGGAGAAUUUCAAGGUCCUGCAUCGGCGUCCAAUAACGCCGCCACGACCUCCACUGGCCAGCAUUAUGCUUCGAAUGGUCGUUCCAGCUCGUCGUCCCGCCGUGGUAGUAUGUCGCGUAAAUCGCCCGCUCCGAUGCUAGACAGUGAGUUCAUCAUCGAGUGCAGUCACGUAAAGAACCGGAAGUACGUGCCAGACCAUCACAGUAGUCACAACAGUCUGGUGCUCAUCGGCGGACCGGGCGGUACCAGUAGGAAUGGGUCGGAGAGUAACAUUCAGCGCAUGACGUCGUUUGAGGAGUUGGCCAAAGCUAAGCUCCAGCAGCAUCUAUCCGGUAGUGGAGGUGGUAGCAGCAGCAGUUUACGCCGGCUUACUUCGGAGGAGCAUUACCGGCGAUCGACAGCUAAAGGCGGGGCGGGACCAUCCGUCGGCAGCAGCAGGAAGAUUAUGGCGAGAAGUGAAGUGUAUGAUACGAUCGACGAUGGCGACAUGAUGCCUCCCGAUAGCUCUAUACACUCUACCAAGAGUGCUGCCUACCGAGGCCACAAGAGUGAUUAUAACAUUCGCUACCAUAAUAUGGCGUCGUCGCCAACGGCAGGACCGACGUCUCCGUUUAGUGAUGGUGCAGGUGAUGGCGAGGCGACUACAGAGUGGAGCAGUAGCGGCGGCGGAGGAGUAAGAGGAGCCGAUGGGGAAAAUCGGGCUUACAAAGCCAAUCCAUCCCGGCAGCACAGCGAUAGUUCACCGUUCGACUACGAUCCCCUGACAACUGCUGCAAGUGUUCCUUCAAAGCGCUACAAUCGAUUCUUCAACAACGAUGACGACGAUGAUGAGGAUGAGGACGACGAGGAAGAGAUUGGAAGUAAUGCGGAUUCUAGCAGACAAAUAACUAGCAAAUCGGUUAGCGAGAAAACGAACACUGGCCGUAUCGCCCACAGCUACCGUCCGUACGAACGGCGGAAUGAAGAGGAGGAAGACAAACUGUUGGGCAAAUCAUCUGACGAUUCGUCAACGAGUCCUCCGCCGUCGGCACCAAUUGGCAGCAGUCGCCCUUCACAGUUGCCGCAAUACCAUCGAGGUGCAGCAGCAGCAGUCACCGGAAGUCAGCCACGUAGUCAACAGCAGCGACCUCGGCAGCGGCAACCCCCACACCACAACGGUGACAUCAUAUCGACUCCAACCAACGACACCAUACCGCUGCUACCCGUUUCUCCGACGGAACUGUCCUCUCCCGGUAGCACUAUCUCUUCCCAUCGUACGUACGCCGGCUCUACUGUCUCAGGAUCGGCGAUACCCGUUAGCAGCGUUAAACGUAAAUCAUCCACCGAUGGUACUUCUUCGACGCAUCGACGGCAAGGAUCGAGCUCGGCAUCCGGUAAGCUGCCACACUCGGCCGUACCUUCAUCACCACCGCAACCAUCGGCGGCGGGUGGUAAUCUAUCGCGCAUUCCGGUCGGUAUGCGGUCUCCAACUUCACCGACUGGGUCAUUCCGUAUAGUAUCGCCCAAGGUGAACUCCCAAUCGCGCAUUCCUCGCGGCAGCGAGCAGCCGCCAGCCUCGGAAAUCCAUUCACCUACCGGCUUCGGUGGAACCGCCAGCUACGCAUCUCGGCUCGGCUCGUCCCGUUCUGCACAGCAGAUUCACUCCGAUGCGAACAAAAUACGUAUACAGAUUAAUCCCUCCCAAUCGUACACGUCGGGUUGAGUGGCUUGUGCACUGUUUACACCGUGACACCAUCGCUCUGCCCAGGGUUAGCAAGGAUCCAGCAAAUAUGAAAAAAACCUGUGACAAGUUUGGUGAGUGUGUGGGACCGUGCAAAAGCGAAGAGCUUUAUGUAUAGAAAGAGUGGAAAUGUUUAUCAAAUCAUAGGUAGUCGUAGUAGCAUGUGUCUUCGCUUAGUCCGUGCCCGAACGAAUGUUAGUUUUGGUUGUUGCUACAAAGGCCUACUAAGCGUGUGUACCUGUCCUGGUUAUUGAUGGUCCCUUUCUUGUUCAGGCAAGCCUGCUAUCUACUAGACGAUGACUCUUGGGAUGGGAAAACGAACAUCACAGAAAUCACAAACUCGAAACAUUCUCGAAACAUUCCCGACCUCGUAACAAUUAUGCACCGGUUUUUACCGCUAGUACGGUACGAGUCCCAUUCCACUUGCUUCGGUAAGACGGAUUUUCGCGAAACUUCUCGAAAAUAAACUCGAAAAUUGAUGUGAUUUGCUGGCACCUUGGAGCACACAACGAACCCGUCCUGCGAACGAUGCGUUUUGCACUAUUUAAUGUGGCGAAUGUUGCCCAGCUCCCUAAAAAGCAAUAACUUGAGAACUGAUAUUUCUAAAACAAUAUCAAGAAGGCGACGAAUAGGUUACGAUGGCACCUUCCAUAAAUAACCAUUCGCUCGAGUUAUAUUAUUUAAGCCGUUUUUAAAUUGUUUUCCAAUCGGUGUACGACCAAAAAGCGCUCUAAAAGAAGGGGUUUAUCUUAGCACAUUACCGUGAGUUAUGAAUGUGUGGCUGCGAAUCGAACGAACGCAUUUAACAAGUGUAGCAGAGACAGCUAGGCAGGUAGUAAGGAUUAUGCUGCGCCAGGAUGAGGUUUUAGCACUUAUGCCUCUGGAUGGAUGUACGACUGCGUUAUCAAAGAUAAGUUUUUCCCUACGUGUGUGGAAAGAGAUAUUAUUGAUUAUUGCAUCGCUGUUCGCUGAAGACAGCCGUCAACUGAAGAAUAAAAGCGAUGAGUUUUGCUUUUGGGGGCUACUAGUGUGUGAACUAGUUUAUGUAGCGAACGGAAUGUAUUAAAAUGGAGAUUACACUGCGCGGAAUCGGCAUUUAUGAACGAAAGCUGCUGACUUAUUUACCAAACCAAUGCAAUGAGAAGAAACGGAAACGAAACAGUUUCAUCAUGUGCUCCAAAAGCCUGCUCUGCUUAAUUUAUUUUAAUAGGUGCGUAUACUCAUCAAGCAGAGCAUCUCCCUUACCAUUUCUCGCUUGCCCGCUCGCUCUGCCACGCCAUAGGCUUCUGCCUAGUGGAUACAAACGAAUUAGUUAACUGUUAACAAUUGCGCAUCGUUUUCCAAACAAACAAACAAAAUCAACCGAAUGCCAAAUUCACACUCAACUGAGAAAAAAGGCAGACGACGGGCGAGUGGCAGGCAGUUGCGCACGCGUUUUUUUUUAAUAAAAUAAAACAAGAAAAACCUGGCUCCAACUCCA